GCCGUCGGGCUCACAGCUCGGCCUUCCGCUUGUGGAUUUGGCGCCGCGCAGAGGAUGCAGCUGCUGUGGACAAUUGGGCUGGCAGCGCUGCAUGGAGUAGUAUCAGAGCCAACGGAGGAGGAUUGUUCCGAGGGCGCGCUGCGGAAAAAUCGCGAUGCGGACCAGAAGGCAUGGUGCGAUGCCCUCUACGGCCAAGCCUCGCAGCCUACGCUUGGAGACGAGCGCAGGCUUUGGGGCAACGACCAGGUCAUCCAAGUCGGUGGAGCGAUCUACGAUUGCAGAGACGGCUUGGAUGAUGUGAAGCUCUACUGGGAUGUUGAAAAGCAAGCGCACUGCUGCGCUGAGUUGGGCAUGGGCUGCCCACAGAAUGCGUUUGACUGUGAAAGUGGCUAUAUGAACUGGGUCCAUGGUUGGUCACCUGGCAAGAAGAUAUGGUGUUGCAUGCACUCCAACCGUGGCUGCCCGCCGACGACCGAAACGCGGACAAGCACGGCGACAACCACUUCCACUUCCACAUAUCCAGGAUGCAGAAGAACCUGCACCUUGCAGAAUGUGGAGGUGACAUGUCAGGAGAGGAUCCACUUCGCCUCGGUGCAUACUUUCCUGGGAGAGACAUCGCCUUGCCAGAUGUCCCACGAGCUGGUCCUUCAUGAGUGCGGCGGACUUUGCGAUCAGUGCUCGAUCCGUGAAGCCUGCCUAGGUGCCGCCAACGUGCCCACAACAACGCCGCCGCCAGCCACGAGGCCGCGUACCACCCGCCCUGCUGAAGGAGGCAAAGCAGACCCUUUUGAUUGCCACGAGGGCUUGGACAUGUGGCAGAUGGUGUGGUUUCCUGCUAAGCAGGAGUGGUGUUGCAAGAACAGGAAGCUUGGGUGUCCAGACGAUGAGGCUGGCAAGGCCCAAAAAUGGCAGAGCGCCUUGGUUCCGCAAGCUCUAUGA